AUGACGACAACUCCAUUAUGUGUGUUUGAAAAACUAUCUAAAGCAGCUUUUAUGAAUGAAGUUCAAAAAUUUCCAGUAUUGUAUGACAAGUUUAAUAAAGAUUUUAAAGAUAAAUGGAAAAAGAAAAAUGCAUGGGAAGAAGUUGGUCGUUUUUCAAACUUAUCUCCUAAUCAAGCGGAAGAGAAAUAUAAAAGCAUUCGAAGUAGUUAUGGAAGAUGUGACUACAGAAAACAGCUCUAUACUUGCGUGCAAGGAGAGUCAAGUGAGUCAACAAUUCACGCUAAUAACAAAAAAAAAAGAAAAAAGUUGGAUUCUGAUGAUUUACUUGAUAGAACCUUAGUGAAAACAUUAGAAAAAAUUAACUCCAAUAUUGAAAAUCCGACUCUUGAAGAGCAGGAUGAAGAUUAUUUAUUUAUGAAAUCAUUAGUUCCGCAACUUAAGCGAUUAAACAACUAUUCUAAAGCCUUGGCUAAAGUUCAAAUAAAAACAUUACUUCUUAAAUUAGAGUUUCCAGACAGAGGUGAAACUAUCUAG